GUUUCACUUUCUGUUAUUGACAGAAAAUGGAGGAAUAAUGUAGGCACAUUAAAAUGCUACAGGCCUGGCAGUACAAGAAAGCGUCUUUUUUCGCAAUCUAAUUCAUUUUCUCGCUGUUAAGAGCUUCGUUUGAGGUACGCAGAGCUAUCGAGUAUCGAGUCUCUUCUGGUGUCAAACACAGGCAGGUUUGCACAGGACAGGUAGUCGCUUUCCAUCCAUUCAAAAUGUCGGAGGAAAUGUUUCCAGAGCCGGAAUGGCUAUCUGAAGAAGUCAAAACCGGGACGACCAUCAUCGCGGUUACUUUUGACGGUGGAGUUGUUCUUGGCUCAGAUUCGCGCGUGUCAGCGGGGGAGUCAGUGGUGAAUCGUGUGAUGAACAAGCUCUCCCCGCUCCAUGACAAAAUCUACUGUGCUCUGUCUGGAUCAGCAGCAGAUGCUCAAACCAUUGCUGAGAUUGUCAACUACCAACUGGAUGUGCACAGUAUUGAGGUGGAAGAUGACCCACUGGUCUGCUCUGCUGCUACUCUGGUGAAGAACAUUUCAUACAAAUAUAAAGAGGAACUAUCAGCACAUCUUAUUGUUGCAGGGUGGGACAGAAAAAAAGGAGGACAGGUCUAUGCAACACUGAGUGGUUUGCUGACUAGGCAGCCUUUUGCUAUCGGUGGCUCUGGGAGUUUUUACAUUAAUGGGUUUGUGGAUGCAGAGUACCGAAAAAACAUGACAAAGAGAGAAUGCCAAGAGUUUGUAGUGAAUGCUCUCACUCUGGCGAUGGGUCGGGAUGGCUCAAGUGGAGGCGUUGCAUAUGUUGUUACCAUUGAUAAAGAUGGAGCAGAAGAGAAGUGUGUCUUAGGAAAUGAACUGCCCAAAUUUUUUGAUCAGUGAAUUAAAGGACAUUGCUCAUAUUGACAGCAUGUACUUGUAACCUGCGUACAGCAGGACAAAAUACUGCAUAAAAUUGCUAAAUUGUUUGUAUCACUUGAAUUAAAAACACAAACGCCUUUUGUGA